CGAACGCGGCACGGACUCAGUCCUCCAGCGAACUCCGCGUUGAGGACUUGUUGAUCCUGUGAACCUACUCAUCAGGAGAUAGUCGAUCCUGCCCGGCCAAGGUGCAAAGGCGCUUCAAGCAAGUUGAGCCAGGGCGCGCAAAAAUAUUAGCGCCGAUCAGUGUAUCUCCAGCAACAUGAAGGCCUGUACGGCGAUAACGCUGGUACUUGUGGCGAACACGGCGUACAUCGGUGUCGAAGCUUGGGGUGGUCUUUUCAACCGCUUCAGCCCUGAGAUGUUAUCCAAUCUCGGCUACGGCGGUCACGGUGGAUAUAUAAAUCGUCCUGGGCUAUUACAGCAGGAAGGAUAUGGCGGCAUAUAUGGGGAAGCAGCUGAACCCACAGAAGAACCCUGCUACGAGAGGAAAUGCGUAUACAAUGAUCAUUGUUGCCCAGGUGCUAUUUGCGUAAACGUCGAUGGAGUUGUCGGAACAUGCGUCUACGACUUCGGCAUGAAACAAGGUGAGCUCUGCAGGAGGGAUAGCGAUUGCGAAACCGGCUUGAUGUGCGCCGAGAUGCCUGGUCGCGAAACGAAAUCGUGUCAACCGCCGACGACUUCGAACAAGUUAUACAACGAGGAGUGCACUAUGUCAAGCGAGUGUGACAUCAGUCGUGGACUGUGCUGUCAACUACAAAGACGACACCGACAAACUCCUAGAAAGGUUUGCUCGUACUUCAAGGACCCGCUAGUAUGCAUCGGCCCGGUGGCGACAGAUCAGAUUAAGUCCGUAAUCCAAUACACCUCCGGCGAGAAACGAAUCACCGGGCAGGGCAGCCGGUUAUUCAAGAGGAUGCCGUUCGCCUAAACGCCUGUUCGUCGUAUCCUGACAGCGCGUGACGGAGGGGAAGUAUAUACAGUCUAGAAUAAGUUACAAGAAAAUCAAAUUCUCCUUUAGUCGUUGUGAAGACACUUAGGUCUAAGCCGAUCCAACAUUAUCUCAAUCUCCUUCUUAGUCCUGACUCUCCUCCACGCCAACAAUACAUCGGGAAGUAUGACGUGAUAAGUGUGCGAUGAAAACAAAAAUAACUGUUACUCGGGGAGGUGCUAUUUCGGGGUGGUGCUUCUUCCUCGAGGGUAGCGCGACUGAAAAAAAAACCUCUGACACAUAUCAUAGUAACCCGUCUCAUAGGUCUCUAGGGAUAAAGGAUACGCUAGCGUAGUCGUGAUAAGGAAGAACGUGCGAAGAAUAAGGAUAAGAGCGCCGUUCACGACAAAGACGUUUCUUAAUGAUAUAGGGGCAUAUAAAGUACAUACAGAGCGUUUGAGAGAAGUAUAUCGUUAGAGACGGUUUAUCUACAGAUCUACCGGUUGAGCUUCUUUCCAUAGUAAGAAAUUAGCGAGUCACUUAAUCGUUCACUUAAUCGUGUUAAGACGUGAUUAUACUAACGAUAAGAUAAGUAUGUUGGAUGAGAAUGUGAUGAGAAGGUGCGCACAAAUAAGAAAGUAGAGUCGUAUAGUUAUCGUCAUAGUGUCAAUAUGUUGGCUACUCUAUUCCGUUAAUUAAUUAACGAUGCUCUUAUUAAAAAUACAGAACACAUGCAGCCGGUUAACAAACUAAUCUAUCGAGAAUCAUGCAGCGAUGCGCAGUGAUUUCUAAUAACUAUUCAUGCAAUGUGUUGUAUUCUGCAAACAAGAUUUCUCUGUCAACGAUAUGAAAAACGCCGAUACUGUGAACAAUAAUGUAUCUCAAGUUACACGGUGCAUCGAAUCUGCGGUUUUAGCUGCACUUUCAUGUACCUUCUUCACUUGAUAUUUUGCUGCAUAGCGCAAAUAUUGUCGAGAGACGAUAUUUAUUUCAAAAUUUUUAAAUAACGCUCGCGAAAAUAACCGAUUUAUAUGAUUACACAAAAAGAACUAUUUUCUAAUGUAUGAGAGCUCAUAUGUUAAAAUAAACGUAAUAACAUCAAGUAAUAAGUGAUCAAUUAAUUGAUAUUAUAUAUUCAUGAUAUUAAUUAAUAUCAUGAAUAAUUCUAAAAGGUGUGCCAAAAUUCUGAAAUAUCUUUCAGAUGUACGUUGCAUUCCUAUGCAACGAGAUCGUGACACAUUUGACAAAUAAUACGAUAAAGAAGGUGCAGCUAAAAAAAACAGAAUUACCGUCAAUAUUAUAAGUUGUGAUACAGUUUUAGUUGAAAAUCGAAAGAAGAUUUUAACAAAUCAUAGAAUGCCAGCAGUUUCGUAGGACGUGAUGACAUAUAUGCCUGCAGUGGCGGAUUUGGAAAAAUAAUAUCCAGAUGAAAUAUUUUCAACAAAACCAUAUUUCCAAUUGUAAAAGCACUUUCCAUCUUAUUGCCAAGAGAUGAACAUUCGAGAUACAAACAAUCAUAAAUUCACAGAAUUAUUUUCGGAAUCGUUAAUAGAAGCUGGAGUUCUUUUAUAGAUGGGACAAGAAAUUGGUUUUUUAUAAAUCUACCACUGCACGUUCUGCUAUCCAUGAUUUAAACGCACAGAAACACUUGUUUUCCUCCCAUUUUACAAACAGCGGUUAUCCGGCGAAAAGUACACACUAAUAAUUUCCUUUUAACAGUCUCAAUGGCGGAAAAGUGUUUUCUACAGGGGGAAGAGCUGAAAAAGGCGCAAGUAGCUUGUAAUUCGAUCGAUGUUUCGAAUACUCUUAAUAGGAAUCGUAUUUAGACAUUUACUCGACUAUGUCGGAUAUGUCUAUCCCUAUUCUCCACCAGAAAGAACUUUACACACCAUCGGUGUGUAUAUUAUAUUCGUAAUAUAUUGUAGAGUUGUAAAACGAGAGACUUUAAGAUGUGUGUAGCAGAGGGUUAUUAUACUGUAAACGAUACAUAUCAAAGAGAAAGAAGUUUUGCUUCGCUAACUUAUAUUCAGAGGUAUAGCGUUAUACAUAUAAAUAUACACAAUAUAUGCGCGAUAAAACGAAAGAAAGAAAGACAUCUUAAUGCUUAGUGGAAAAUAUAGAUGUAUGUAUCGUUCGUUUAUGGAAAGAAAGUAUUGAAUGAAUAAUGAACAAAAAAAACAGACAAAUUAUUAAAAAUCGCGGAAAUCGCUCUGUUAAGUGUUACAAUCGCGGAAAUCGCUCUAUCGAAUAAUAAUAUCGUGGAAAUCGCUCCUUAAUUGUAUUAACGUUAAUGAAAUCGUAAUACUAAAUGUACAAUAUAUGUUGUCUGUGGCUACCGUGAAAUAUCACUCUAUGGCAAUUUGUUAUGAUAUUAAUCGUUAUUAUCGUUGGAGGAAGUGCAAUGUUAAAUAAUAAUCGUUUGAGAUCGAGUACGAUGUUUUAAGCAUAAUCGUGGGAGGCGCAAUAUUAAACAUCUUUGGAGAUCACGUUCACACAAACAGUAACAACAAUAACAAAACCAAAGAUAACAACAUGUUUUAAUCCUGCGGUAUACAUCUGAUUAAAAAUCUAAAUAUAUUAAAAACCUAUCUGAUUAAAAUAUACCUAUCUGAUUAAAACUUAAAAAGAGAAAUACUCUCAGCGAACCGUCGUUUUCCACACCACUGGUGCUAUAUAUACAGUCGCCGAGAGUCCCCUGAAGGCAUAUUAUCAAUUAAUUCUUUAUUAACUCUUGAUAUUUCCCACAACAUUAACUUACCUGUGUAAGAAAACUCAAAACAUAUCAUGAAAUGCCUAAUGCAUUUAAGGGAGUUCUAAAUACGAAUGUUGACUAUGAAAUAUAUUAUCCUAUUGAAUUAUAUUUUGAUCUUUGAUCUAUAUAUAUAUAAAUAUAUACAUAUAUUUAUUGUGUAUACUUGAACUCUCUAUAUAUUUACACAGUAUGCAUAUAUUUUCUUGAGGCGUAUAUAUAUAUAUAUCUAUAAAUUAACGUAUAAAGAUACACAUACACACACGUCCUGCUAUAUCGUACGUAUGUAAUAGAUUGAGCACGGAUUUCGAUUUAAUAAUUUUUCUUUGUCUUUUUCAAAAUAAUUUCAAACUAAAAAAUUCUUUCCUCGUUUUAAAUGUAUACGAAUGUAAAAUUGUUUACACACGUCUGAAGCCGCUAAUUGUAAAUUCUUUUUUAAUCAAUUUUAAUUAUGAUCAUUCAUGCAUAAUGUCUUAUUUAAUGCAAUAAUCUGAGAAAGCUUUCCUAGUAAUAUAAGUGUUGCAAAUUAAGUAUUCUCUUCAAGUGCUUUUUUAAGAAUUUUCGAACAUCUAUCAUUAUGUAACUGUGUAUAAUGCACCAUCAGGUUGCGUAAUGUCAACUAUGGAUACUAUAAAUAUCUUGAUUUAAGUUCUCAAUUAUUAUAUAAAUAUAGUAAAAACUUUCUAAGUAUAAUAUGGCUGUUACGUUAAACUCAUAAUCAUUUAUAGCAUAAAAUAUUUUUUGUAUUCUACAUAUUAUGUAUAAAACAAUGAAUUAUUAUUUAUUAAACAUUUAUAUAUUAUAUUUAUAUAAUUUUCCGGAUAAUAUCACGUAUUUUACGUAUGUUAGUUUUUUUCUUUCUUUCUUUUUUUGUCUCUAAAAUCUCCAUUUCUCUUAAACAUUUCCUUUUUUUCAUCGGUCUAAGGAAACGUUGAAAGAUUGUGAACUGCACACACAAAGAAAUACAUAUCAUAGUCUGUAAGACCUUUGCCUUGUAAUAGAGUUCGGAAGCACGUUCACAAAACAUGGAAGGCGAGACAUGAAGGCAGACAGAUACAUAUGUACGAGUUAUCGCAGGUUUUAAGGGAAAUUCGGCCACUUGGCCUUGAGUCGAAAGUACCUCUGUCAAAAAAAUUAAUCUCAGCGUAAAACUUUAUGUGUAUAACAUAUAUAUGUAAAUGUAUCGUUCAGAAUUACAAUAUUUAAAAAAAAGAGUUCUAAUAGUUAAAUGUGAAAUACAUGAUGGUGCAUAUGAAAUAAACUGAAUAUAUAUUUCUGUC